UUCCCGCUUCCUGCUUCCCAGAGACUGGGAUACGGAGCCACCCGAGGACAGUGCUGCAGCCUCCUGGCGUCCCUGUCAUGUUCCGCAAAGUGGUUCGGCAGAGCAAAUUCCGACACGUGUUCGGGCAGCCUGUCAAGAAUGACCAGUGCUAUGAGGACAUUCGAGUGUCCCGUGUCACCUGGGACAGCACCUUCUGCGCCGUCAACCCCAAGUUCCUGGCAGUGAUUGUGGAGGCCAGCGGUGGAGGCGCCUUCCUGGUGCUCCCCCUAAGCAAGACCGGCCGCAUCGACAAGGCCUACCCGACAGUGUGUGGACACACAGGACCUGUCCUGGACAUUGACUGGUGUCCCCACAAUGACGAAGUCAUCGCCAGCGGCUCAGAGGACUGCACGGUCAUGGUGUGGCAGAUCCCGGAGAACGGGCUGGUCUCCCCGCUGACGGAGCCGGUGGUGGCGCUCGAGGGGCACACCAAGCGAGUGGGCAUCACCGCCUGGCACCCGACGGCCCGCAACGUGCUGCUCAGCGCAGGCGGCGACAACGUGGUGUUCAUCUGGAACGUGGGCACGGCGGAGGCGCUGUACCGCCUGGACAGCCUGCACCCCGACCUCAUCUACAACGCCAGCUGGAACCGCACGGGCAGCCUCUUCUGCACCGCGUGCAAGGACAAGAGCGUGCGCAUCAUCGACCCCCGCCGGGGGACUCUGGUGGCGGAGCGGGCGAAGGCUCACGAGGGGGCCCGGCCCAUGCGGGCCAUCUUCCUGGCGGAUGGCAAGGUGUUCACCACGGGCUUCAGCCGCAUGAGCGAGCGGCAGCUGGCGCUCUGGGACCCAGAAAACUUCGGGGAGCCCAUGGCUCUGCAGGAGCUGGACUCUAGCAAUGGGGCUCUGUUGCCCUUCUAUGACCCUGACACCAACGUGGUCUACGUCUGUGGCAAGGGUGACUCCAGCAUCCGGUACUUUGAGAUCACAGAUGAGCCCCCCUACAUCCACUUCCUGAACACGUUCACCAGCAAAGAGCCCCAGAGGGGCAUGGGCAGCAUGCCCAAGAGGGGCUUAGAGGUCAGCAAGUGCGAGAUUGCCCGGUUCUACAAACUGCAUGAGCGCAAGUGUGAGCCCAUUGUCAUGACUGUGCCACGAAAGUCGGACCUCUUCCAGGAUGAUCUGUACCCCGACACGGCUGGGCCUGAGGCGGCCCUGGAGGCAGAGGAGUGGGUGAGCGGGCGGGAUGCCAACCCCAUCCUCAUCUCCCUGCGGGAAGCCUACGUGCCCAGCAAACAGCGGGACCUGAAGGUCAACCGGCGCAACGUGUUAUCAGACAGCCGGCCCGCCGUGGCCCCUGGCUCCCCCCGCCCGGGGGCCUCCACGCCUGCUGCCUUCACCAGUACUGCCGCCCCUGGCGGCAGCCUUGCCGGAGCCGGGGAGGCUGGGAAGCUGGAGGAGGUGAUGCAGGAGCUGCGAGCCCUGAGAGCGCUGGUCAAGGAGCAGGGGGAACGCAUCUGCCGCCUGGAGGAGCAGCUCGGCCGCAUGGAAAAUGGAGACGCCUAGACCUCGGGCCCAGUGGAUGCCACUCCCCAUUCACCUCCUCCUCCCACCCCUUUCUCAGCCUCUGCUGGCAGGUCACGCCAACUCCGGCUGGCUGCCCCUGCUCCCGCUGAGGGUUUCUGGGGCAGGUUCAGGGACCAGUCCACACCCUGACCCAUCCUGUGGGAUGGAGCCAUCCUCUAGGCUGGAGCCACUGCCUGGCUUUGGGCAUUGUUACUGGGGAGGGGUUUUGUACCCAGGAGAGCUUCUACUCUGAGGCACCGUCUCCCCGACCCCCACCCAGCCCCCCUGCUCCCUCCCCUGAGGAAGCAGGAGGGAUGGGCUCUAUAUUUUCAUUCCAAAUAAAAUUCUCUUUCUAAAA